AUGCUGCUCAAAAGCAAGUUUAAGUUGGCCACAGCCAUUGGCAUCAUGCUCUCGAUGCUAUCGCUGCUCGUGCACCUUUUUCUUGCAAAUUAUUCAGCUGGGGGCAUUACAAAGUACAGCAUGCAUAUGGAUGAUGUCCUUCCAUUUGGACCGAGGCCUCGCCCACGGAGAUUGUGGGGUCCAUUGCGCAAACUUGAUCACUUGCAUCCUUUUGCAAAACCUAGCAAAACAUAUGCUGCUCCCAGUCAGCAUAAUGGUUUUAUUUAUGCAAAGAUAUAUGGUGGCUUUGAGAAGAUACAGUCUUCAAUCUGUGACCUUGUUGCCGUUGCCAGGCUCUUAAAUGCUACCCUGGUUAUUCCUGAGAUACAAGCAACAACUCGUGCAAAAGGCAUCAGUCCAAAGUUCAAAAGCUUUUCUUACCUAUAUGAUGAAGAUCAUUUCAUAGAUGCACUUUCCAAUGAUGUGGCUAUUGUGCGUGGCUUGCCAAAGGAUCUCAGAGAGGCUAGAAAAAAGAUAAAAUUUCCCACAGUAUCUCCUAGGAAUUCUGCCACUCCAGAGUACUACAUGACAGAAGUAUUACCCAGACUUGUAAAAUCAAAAGUUAUUGGGAUAAUUGUUAAUGGAGGUAAUUGUCUUAAGUCAAUUCUCCCUGCAAACCUGGAGGAAUUUCAGAAGCUUAGAUGCAGGGUAGCCUUCCAUGCUCUAAGGUUGCGCCCUCAAAUUCAGGCUCUUGGGAGCCAGAUAGUAGGAAGGUUGCGAGCAUCCGGCCAUCCUUAUCUGGCAUAUCACCCAGGAUUGCUAAGAGAUACUCUAGCUUUUCAUGGUUGUGCUGAACUAUUCCAGGAUAUUCAUACGGAGCUUAUUCAGUCUAGAAGGAAUCAGAUGAUUAAACGAGGAACGGUAAAGGAACAACUAACAGUUGAUUCAGUGUCCAGGAAGAUGGCUGGUUCGUGUCCACUCAUGCCAGAAGAGGUUGGACUUCUACUUCAAGCAUUAGGUUACCCACCUACAACAAUAAUAUUCUUGGCUGGUUCUGAGACUUUUGGUGGACAGAGAAUGCUUAUUCCUCUACGAGCUAUGUUUGCUAACCUAGUUGACCGCACUUCACUAUGUAGUCAGAAGGAGCUGUCUGAUUUAGUUGGGCCAGAAGAACCCCUAACCUCAGAUUUGCCUCAUCCCCCACCUCCCAAGAGUGAAAAACAACUCAUUGAAGAAUGGAAGAGAGCAGGGCCUCGUCCAAGACCACUGCCUCCACCUCCUGCAAGGCCAUUCUAUGCCCAUGAGAAGGAAGGCUGGUAUGGUUGGAUUGGUGAGAAUGACACAGAACCAGAUGCUUCUCCAAUUGAAUUCAGGAGGCAAGCGCACCGGUUGCUCUGGGAUGCGCUUGAUUAUUUUGUUUCUGUUGAAGCUGAUGCCUUCUUCCCUGGGUUUCACAAUGAUGGGAGUGGUUGGCCGGACUGCUCAAGUUUGAUCAUGGGGCACAGGUUAUACCAGUCACCUUCUGGUAUUACCUACAGGCCUGACAGAAAGAUUGUUGCCGCGCUGUUUGAAGAUGUUAGUGAUCAUCGGUAUCAUCCACCACGGAAUUGGACAAUUGCUGCACGUGAGCACCUCAACAGAAGUGCAGGUGUGGAAGGCAUCGUGUUAUCAGCUACGUUGUCAAGACCUGUAUCUUUUCUCGCGCACCCAUUGCCAGAGUGCUCUUGCAGAACACCAAAAUCACCUGCUGUUCAACCAGUGAAAAGCAGCAAUGGCAGACUCCUAUUUGGAGGUGAGGAAGAGUGUCCAGAUUGGAUGGUGCGCAGCCUGGCAAUGGCUUCUGCCAAAAAUAGUGAACCUCAAAAUGAGGACUAUGAAGAUGAAUUGCCUGAAGAUGACUCUAGCCUGGACACGCAGCACGAAUCUGACAGAAGCGACGUGAAUAAAUCUUCAGAGCAAGAUGAAGAGAUGGAUCCAGAUGAUUAGAGAGAUGUGGAGCAUAGAUGUAUGGCGCGCCUUUUAACCGCUAUCAGCUCCAGGUUGCAAUACGAGCAUCCACUCCAAGAAUGUCCUCCUGGACCAGCGGGCAUCAUCUUGCAUUGCAGCAACACAUCAGCAUCUGGAAUACUCCCAGGAUGACAAGAUCGUCGAUAUAGGGAGCUUGCCUGGAUUAUGCUCUGUUUGCGACCAGGCUUCGAUACAAAACUAACACUUUGUUCUCUUCUUCCUUCUUGUCUCACUCUUUUUUUUUGGGUUUACAUUUUUGUGGGUACAGCCCAAAGAAAUUGUUUCUGUAAAAAUGUAUGUCAACCGGGAAUACACUAUUUUUGGAGGUGAGUUUGAUAUCUAGCAUUUAAAAUGA